AUGAGCGAUGGAAAUGACACUACGGUGAUGGAAUUCAUCCUCCUGGGUUUCACCGGGAGCCCAGAGCUGCGAGCCCUGCUCUCUGUACUGUUCUUGCUCAGCUACUUCACCAUCCUGUUGGGCAACGGCGGCCUCCUGCUGGUAAUCCACCUCGACGCGCGCCUGCACACCCCCAUGUACCUCUUCCUCAGCCACCUGUCCUUCGUGGACCUCUGCUACUCCUCCGCCGUCCUCCCCAAGGCCCUGCACACCUUCAUGACGGGGGACGGGGCCAUCUCCUUCCUGGGGUGCACCCUGCAGUUCUGCGUCUUCGGCGGCAUGCUGACCACCGAGUGUUGCCUGCUGGCCGCCAUGGCCUACGACCGUUUUGUGGCCGUCUGCAAGCCGCUGCUCUACACCAUGGCCAUGUCCGAGGGGGUGUGCGCCUGGCUCCUGGCCGGCUCUUAUGUCGGCGGCUUCCUCAACUCCCUCGUCCAGACCCUCUGCACGUUCCGCCUGCCCUUCUGCGGGGCCCGCCGGGUUGACCAUUUCUUCUGUGACGUCAUGCCCCUGGUGAAGCUCGCCUGCACUGAGACCUGGCGCAAUGAGGCGAUCAUCCUGGCCUCAGCCUGCCUUAUCGGCAUCAGCACCUUCCUCACCACGCUGGUCUCCUACCUCUACAUCUUCACGGCCAUCCUCCGGAUCCCCUCCCCUCAGGGCCGGCGCAAGACCUUCUCCACCUGCACCUCCCACCUCACCGCCGUCUCUCUCUUCUUCGGGACGCUGAUCUUCAUGUACCUGCGGCCCCGGCCCAGCGAUUCCGCCCAGCAGGACAAAGUGGUCUCGGUGCUCUACACCCUGGUGAUUCCCAUGGCCAACCCCAUGAUCUACAGCCUGAGGAAUAAGGAAGUGAAAGAGGCAUGGAGGAGAAGGCUUCCUCUCAUUGUCUGUGGGUAG